AUGGACAAGGCGAUAAUUCAUAUCCCCAGAGCUAUCUUUGGUGUGCUACUCGUCGAAGAGUCCAUUGAGGUUGCUCGUCUGCCUGCAGUCUUUUUCAGGUGCAUUCUAUACCGUCUCAGCGGGAGCUCAGCUGCUAUCAAAAGGGCUAAAAAAUCACUCCUCAUCGCCUCCUUGCCGAUUACCAACUAUAGCCUGUUGCGCGCUCUCACAGCCCAUCUCACUGGCACACUCAUCAUUCAAAACUCGUCGGUGAACAAAAGGGCGUGUUUAAUCUGA